AUGUUGUACACUCAUCCUACGGUUCAAAUCUGGACCACGCAUUCGUUUACGCGCCGUAUCGCGACCGUUAACGUCCACGGGCUGGCUCAAAGCGUGCGGACAUCGAAGGCGCCAUACCCCACGCUGCGCAUGCAAGAGAGCGUUGACCCGAGCUCGCAGAGUACUCAGUGGAAGCGCAGUUACUACUGCUACAGAAGGAACUACUUGCAGGUCUACACGCCAUUUCCGCCCGGAACGCACAGCUUCUUUUACUACCGCGCCCCUCCGCCCUGGGCACACGAUCUCGCCGGUGAGAUUCGGUUCCGCAUUACAAAAGACAGCGACCCCUCGAGCUUUGCUGGCGAACAUCACCUCCUCGUCCAGGGCAUGCCGUGGAUUGUGACGCUGCUCUUCAACACUCCCUACUCGGCUGCCUUCCACAGUGUUCUGCUGCGCGAUGGUCUGCUUAGCGAAGACCAGAUACGCCGCUUGGGGCGCUUGGAGCCGUGGCGUUCCACACUAACGGCCAGGGCGCGUCUCAUCCAUUCGAUUGGUCAGCCGUUCGCACUACCUGUAAGCACGAACCGGAAUACCUAUAGAUAUGCCCGGUACUUCGUACCUAGCAUCGUGGACAGUAAAGACGUACUCGAAAAGUACGAUCUUAUGUCUUCCCGUGGGUCUCAAUGGGGAUACAACACCGGUCAGGACGAGGCCAGGGUCUUCUCGAAGGAUGAUGCGUACGUCGUGUCGCUAUCUGAUCAGUCGAAACGUGCUCGUGUCGUGUGCGCUAACAUGCCUGUAUAG